AUGGGCAACAGGGAUUCAGACAGCAUGGCUGUCGACAAGGAAUGGGCAUCGAAAUACAUCCUUGGUCCUCUCUACGACCCAGAGCCGAACCAAGUCAGUGCCACUCGCCUUGAACCGCGCACGACGCCGUCAUCGUCCACUAGAAAUAUACGUGAUUACCUCGGCCAAAGGAGCCGAAAGCCAGUUGUCAAGAACCCAGACGAAGCGGUCCCGUUUCUGCGCAACAACAGCAUAAAGCGCAAACCCCUGCCCCCUUCGCCGCCCCAGUCCAAGUACCCUCCACGGUCCAAGUACCCGCCACUGUCCGGCUUGGAACGCAAGCGCUCCCUUCAUACCGCCAAUCCGCCGCAGACUCGCUGGAACCAGGGCACCAUCCUAACCCGAGCCGACAGUUUAACCACGCCCAGACCCAGCGCAGAUAUCAUGGCUGCAGUGGGAGACCACAAUGGGCAACGUCGCCGUGCCAGCUCCCUUGCCGACAGCUCCCACCGGCCCGUCGAAGCAAGAGAAGGAGGAGGAGGGAAAGACACCAUCCCGCGUCGAUCCGGCUCACUCAGGGAGCGGUACCCAGGAGACAUGUCCCACCGGCCGCUGGCCAUGCUCACCAAGCAGCACCGGGCUGCGGACCGCGCGCCGCACCUACGCACCCACCGCCGCCAGCAGCCCAGCGACACCAUUGACACCCUCGACAUCACCGGGCCCGUCCCGUCCGUGUACCACCACAGCGGCCCGUUCGACGCCACCCUAAAGGAGCGCAACACCAACAAGAAGUACGCCCCCGUCGAGGCCGUCAAGGAGACCAACGCCAAGGCCCUCAAGGCCACCCCGCCCGAGUACAUCCAGGACUCGCUCGUGAAGCACAUGCCCCUCCAGGGCACCGCCGUCGUCCCACCAGGGACGCAGGACAUGGCCGGGCGCACGAUGCACUACGAGGAGGGCGCCGACCUGAUGCGCGAGGAGGACGCCGCCGGUGGCGCAUACAAGCGGUGGGAGCACAUCAACUACCGCGACGAUGACUUCAAAGGCAAAGGCGAGCCGUCCUUCUCAUACGACCAAUCCCGCCGCGACAAACAGCGCGCCGCCGCACCGCCAUCCCACCCCGACGGCGCCGGGGCGGUGUCUUACGAGAUGCAGCCCACCGUCUCCUCCUCCUCAUCACGCAGCUACGAUCGUCACCGUGGUCAUUACGGCCACCACAGCAACCACGGCAAGGCUGAGGAGGGGGUGACUCUCCGCCAACGGAGCGUGAGCCACGGGGAUGCUAGGGGCCGUGGUGAUGAUGGUGAGGCGGGCUCGUCUGGUUUGCAGCGGAGGAAUUCCGCGGGGAAGGGUUUGGCGCAGAGUUUGAAGAGGCGGUUUGGGAGUUUGAGGAGGGGGAGGGCUGGUGAGGAAGGGGGGUAUUGAGUUUGUCGUGGGGGGGUUGAUGUUUCGAAAUUCUA